AUGUGCGUCUUUCAGACCGUCCGACGCCUCGCCUUGGGUGGUCCCCCAAGGCGUCUGGCCACCCUCGAAAUUCGACGCACCAUUGCAGGCAGACCAUCUACCUAUGAUUUCCUAGUGGUGAUACCUGACAAACCAGAUGCUCGAGCCCGCCGACUCGAGGCCAGAAGUCGUCAUUUCGAGGAGCUGAAGCCCGGGAUUGAGGCGGGCAAAUACAAGAUGGGCGGGGCACUACUUCGCAGUGUGCCCAAGGAUGACCAAGUGUCAAGCCUCGAUUUUGUGGGCAGCACGCUUGUCGUGAGCGCCACAUCAGAGGAGGAGGUACUGGAGGGGCUGAAGAAGGAUGCUUACAGCCAGCACGAUGUGUGGGACUUUGAGAAGAUCCAAAUCUACCCCUUCAAGCCUGCAUUUUAA